AUGUCCUCUCUUCGAGUUUCCUUUUCCCCCUCUUCUUCUCCGACGGCCCUGGCCAAACCCACCAUUGGAGCUGGCUCCCCUGGUGUGGCGCGGUGGAUUCCCCCUAAUUCUCUCAGUGCUCCUCUUGUUCCCUCCCCCCUUUGUCAUGUUAGCUUUUCUUCCUUUCCGACGGCCCUGGCCAACCCGUCCACUGGAACUUGCUCCUCUGGUUCGGCGCGGUGGAUUCCCCCUGCUUCUUCUUCCCGCCCCGCUGUCGUCAAGUCAGUUCACUUGGCUCCACAGGAUGACAGGCCUCGCCCUGCCUCCCCUCCUCGGCUUCGGUCCAUCCUCAAGACCCGACCAGCCGUUCCUGUGAGCCCUGAGUCGACCUCUGACGCACUCAUCUCCGCCAAACCUCGCAAGACGGUUACCUGGCGAACAUGUCUCACUCGCACCAAGAUCAUUCCGAAUCGGUAUCAAAAGGACAUCAAGUCCUACCGGGAAGUUCUCGAGAUGAGACGCUCUCGACACGCCGCCACUCUUUUCGGCUACUCGAGAACACAGGCUAACAGACCUCCUUCUGUCACCAUUCGCUCACUAGCGUCUGCCAAAGACGAGCUCUUCGGCCCUGCUAAGUGCUUGAAUAACUCUCUUGAGUUUUCUAAGCACCGGCCAGUCACUGCCCGCCUCCAGCCUGAGGUUGUGUACCGUUACCUUCCCGUCCCUUCCCCCAGCCUCACGGCUUGGGCUCGUUCUACCGUCACUGGUUGGUUCGAUGCCAUCUGCACCAAGGUGGUGGAAUUCUUGGGACUUUGA